UCAUAAAAAAUUGAAUCGGUUAAACACCAAUAAGUCAUUUUGACAAUUCAUUUUCUCGCAUUUUAUUCAAAAUUGUCAGUGUAUUUUCCAAAAUGAACCCCACCCAUUACCCCCCUGCCAUAACGCCCGGUUUCAUGGGUGUGAGUCCGCCCCAUUCCAGUACCUACAGGGACCCCAAUGGCAGCAUGUCUUACUUCCAAAAUUACAGGAAUGAGCACUUAUCCAGAAUGCAUUCUCUUCCGUACGAAUGGGGCGAUAUACACAUUGAGUACACCCCCAAGGCCGACAUAGCCCUCUUAAACAAAGUCAACAACUUGGACAAAUUCAUUAGAAUGCCUCAGUCACGUUUCACAAUGUUGGACGUGGGGCGUCAGAAGGAAAUUGAUGAUUUUUAUAUGGCUUGUCAGCUGCAUCGUGACCAGUAUAAGGACCAAGUGGGCAAACUGCAUCCUUUGGAUUAUUUCAAAACUACAGAUUAUACGUAUCAGUGUGCACCAGAUCCCACAACAAAAUAUCUGCAAAGCCCACGAUUCUACGUCAAGUACAAGAGUCCCCAAGUCCUUCCACUUAGUCUGGAGCGAAGCUACAAGAGCCCCUUGUUACCAGAGCGGGCCCUCACUGGCCGUUAUGACCCAGUUAGCGACAUCAAGUACAAAAGAUAGUUUAUUGUCGAUAUAAAUGUACAAGAAUGUGAUUAAAACGCAAAUCGGAAAGAA